UUGUUUCGCGCCAGAACCUAACGAAUUCAGCUGAGUGGACCCCAUCUUACUAGAAAGAAAAUAAACAGUUAAAACGCCGCUCGCACGGAAGCUUGAAUAAAAUGAAAAGAAGCAGCAGCAGAAUUGCAGAAACAUAAAAGCUCAGAAGAGGAAAGAAACGAGUACACUCCCCAAAUACGCUGAUGAUCGAGAAAAUGGCUUGCGAGUGCCACUAUAUGCAUCUGAUUAUCAUUGUCUUCUCCGCAAUGUUGAUUUCCCAGGGUCUCGCAUCCACUGAUCCGGCUGACGUCACAGCUCUCCGGGAUCUAUACAAGACAUUGAACUAUCCGCCGGUGUUGGAAAAAUGGAAUCUUGAAGAUCCUUGUGAGGAGUCUUGGACAGGAGUUGCAUGUUCAGGAUCGUCAGUCGUGCACCUCAAAAUUCAAGGAUUGAAUCUCACAGGACAUCUUGGAAGCCAGCUCCAUCAUCUACAUAAUUUGAAGAUGCUUGAUGUCAGCUCCAAUAACAUAGAAGGGGAAAUACCAUUCAUCUUACCCCCGAAUGCCACCCAUAUAAACAUGGCUUGCAACUAUUUGGGCCAAAAUAUUCCUCACUCAUUGACUAUGCUGAAAAGACUACGACAUUUGAAUCUAAGCCACAAUUUGUUAUCUGGACCCAUCGGCAAUGUUUUUACAGGCCUAGAUAAUCUCAGAGAGAUGGACCUUUCGUAUAACAAUUUCACAGGAGAUCUACCCAGUUCAUUUGGUUCCUUGAAAAACCUUACUAGAUUGUUCUUGCAAAAUAACAACUUCACUGGAUCGGUCACAUAUCUGGCUGACCUUCCUCUUACAGACUUGAACAUUCAAGGUAAUCUAUUCAGCGGCAUUAUUCCGCAGCACUUUCAGUACAUACCAAAUUUAUGGAUCGGAAGUAAUAAGUUCCGUGCAGACGCCAAUUCUCCUCCCUGGGUUUUUCCUUUGGAUAGGGCACCAGUUGAGUACAACAUUAGUCGCCCGCCCACGAAUCAGGCAAAUGCCAUCGAGAACUAUUCCUCUCGCAAAAGCAAAGUAAGUGGGCACAAGAAGAAAUUUAUGACUGCUGGAGGAGUAGCUUUAAUGGUUGGUGGGGUGGCGCUAAUAGCUACAGGUGUAGCGCUGUUCAUUGCAAUCCGCUUACAGAGGUUCAAAAGCUUAGAAAGCAGCCAUAGCUCAUUGAAAGCUCAUCCAACUAUUGCAACCAUAGAAGUCUCUCCUACCACGCCAGAAGAAAGCCCACGAAUCCCGCCAUUUAAUUCUGCAUCACUUUUGGGUCCAAGGCGAUUACCUCCCUUGCCCCAUCACAGAACAGAUGCCACGUCAAGAAGAAGUUUUUCCAAGAGAUGCAGAUUCUCCGGAAGGACAAAAGUUUACUCAGUGGGAGAGCUUCAGUUAGCCACAGACAGCUUCAGUGAAGACAACUUUUUGGGAGAGGGAUCUUUGGGUCCUGUUUACAGAGCCGUGUUUCCAAAUGGCCAAACUUUGGCUUUGAAGAAUAUCAACAUGGCGGGCCUGUCUUUCCACGAAGAGGAAAAGUUUUUGGAUGUCGUUUCCACCGCUUCCCGUCUGAGGCACCCCAACAUCGUUGCGCUUAAUGGUUAUUGUAUGGAGCACGGGCAGCAUCUUCUUGUUUACGAUUAUGUUAGAAGCUUAACUCUGGACGAUGCUCUCCACAUGAAGGCCUACAAGCCUUUAUCGUGGGCCCUCCGUCUCCGGAUUGCCCUUGGUGUUGCCCAGGCUUUGGACUAUUUGCACUCGACGUUCUCCCCUCCUGUAGUCCACGGCAACUUGAAGGCUGCCAAUAUCCUUCUCGACGAGAAUCUGGCGCCUUGUGUCUCUGACUGUGGCCUAGCUACUUUGAGACCGCUGACGAACAACAAAGUCAGAGGUUCUGAACUUGCAACUGAGGACGCAGGCUGCAUUGCACCAGACCAUGGCCAACCAGGAGUUAGCAACACGAAGAGUGAUGUCUAUGCGUUUGGGGUGUUGCUUCUGGAAUUAUUAACGGGAAAGAAACCUUACGACGAUUCGAGGCCAAGGGAGGGACAAUAUCUGGGGAAAUGGGCAUCAUCGAGGCUUCAUGACAGUGAGAGUUUGGAACAGAUGGUGGAUCCCGGAAUUAAAGGGACUGUUUCAACCAAAGCUCUUUCUCAUUAUGCCGAUAUCAUCACCCUCUGCAUACAGCCCGCGAAGGAAUUCCGACCUCUGAUGUCCGAGGUGGUUGACUCUCUUAUAACCUGUUCGCGAAAGAUUAACAUGGGCACAUCCAAGACUGGUGGUGCAGAAGCUGAUAUCACUGACUUGGAUCCAAUUGACAAGUCUUUCCGUUCAACCAAUACUCGCUUUCUGGGUUCCCCCGCAUAUAGCUACGUAUCCGCCUGACAGAUGCAGAUGACAUCGAUUGCUAGAAACUUCAUUUGAUUUUUGCUCUGCAGUCAAAGACUUCUUCCAAACUGUAAAUCCUUCUCUGAUAUGGAUUGUUGAUGCAGCAUACUCUGCUCUCAUUGCAUAGCUUAGACAUGUACCUCCGUGAAUUCCAAUUGCGCAACAUGCCACUACACCUUACUCAAUCUUGAUAAAAGCACUACGCUAGAAGUAUUUCUGAUUUUUUUGAACUUUUUAAACAGGGACAUGCAAUAAGCAAGAAAAAAUAUUUAAUUGUUUGCGUAAUAUCUAUUAUAAUUUUAUAAUUAUUAAUUAUAAGUUUAUUUUCAUUUUUUAAUUUAUUUCAAAUUAAGAAUAAUAACUUCUAUAUUUUUUUCUUUUCAUUUCAUUGAGCCUGUGGAAUACCCAUGUUUGAGAGAGUUCACGACUAUAUGCGUCUAUUAUUGGAAACUCGCGUCUUUAGUUUGCUUCCAUGUCUUCCUACUUCUAACAAAUACGUUCCCUGUUUUCAUUUUGCAAGACAGUUCUCUAUAUGUAACGCA